GCACAGAUAGAGAGAGAGCAGGUCUUUCCCACCCUAUCAACAGCUGCUGUCUAACAGCACAUUUCUGUUAGAGUGGGAUAUGAAAGCAGGGUGGGAAUAAUGACUGGCCACUUAGACUCUUAGACCACCUCAUAUAUAGAAUCAGCAGUUGACAAUUCCACUUUUAUCACACACACAUCUUUAUUUUUUCCAUCAACCACCUUGGAUCUUUAAUGGAUUCUAAGCUCCUAAUUGGACCGGGGUUCCCGACACCGGACCCGACUUCCCGUGCACCCUGGAAUAUCACCUCCAUCAGCCCUCGCCGGUCCCUGGAGCUUUCAUCGAUGGCUACAACUGGUUCCAUGGUCAGAGACUACCCAUUUCCAACCGUAGAUGUCCCAGACCACGCUCACUACACUAUUGGUGUUGUCAUCUUUGCUGUAGGCAUCACAGGCUUGCUGGGAAACUUCCUGGUCAUAUAUGCUUUUUGCAGGAGCCGAAGCCUGCGGACACCAUCCAACAUUUUCAUUAUUAAUCUGGCAGUCACAGACUUCCUCAUGUGUCUCACGCAGACGCCCAUCUUCUUCAUUACCAGCAUGCACAAACACUGGAUCUUUGGGAAGAAAGGUUGUGAGCUGUACGCCUUCUGUGGAGCUCUCUUCGGUAUCUGCAGUAUGAUGACACUGAUGGUGAUUGCAGUGGACCGGUACGUGGUGAUCACCAGGCCUCUGGCUUCCCUCGGGGUGAUGUCUCGUAAGAAAGCAUUCACCACUGUGGCUGUUGCCUGGCUCUAUUCAAUGGGCUGGAGUUUGCCGCCCUUCUUUGGCUGGAGUGCCUACGUCCCGGAGGGUCUGAUGACAUCUUGUUCCUGGGACUACAUGACGUUCACCCCUUCUGUCCGCUCCUACACCAUGCUGCUCUUCACCUUUGUCUUCUUCAUCCCUCUCUUUGUCAUCAUUUUCUGCUAUUGCUGCAUCUUCAGAGCCAUUCGACACACAACGCGGGCGAUAACAAAGAUCAAUUGCGAGGGGACCAGAGACUCUGCAAAGAGGUUCCAUAAAAUGAGGAGCGAAUGGAGGAUGGCUAAAAUUGCACUCAUCGUCAUCCUGCUGUUUGUCAUCUCCUGGGCCCCUUAUUCCUGCACAGCCCUCACUGCAUUUGCUGGGUAUGCAGACUUGUUAACUCCUUAUAUGAACUCUGUUCCCGCUGUGAUCGCCAAAGCAUCAGCUAUCCACAACCCCAUCAUAUACGCCAUAACACAUCCUAAAUACAGGUCAGCAAUCAGCAGGUACGUUCCUUACCUCGGGGUAUUGCUGUGCAUGAAGGGCAGAGACCGUUUCAGCAGCAGCAGCUUCCAGUCCACCCGCCGAUCAACCCUCACCAGCCAGUCAGAGUUCAAAGGCCCCAGCAGGACUCACAACUCUUCCCAGUCUGAGAGUGAAUCAGCCCAGUUCUCAGACACGGAGGAAGACUACUCUUCUCGAACUCCUGUUAGUCGUCACUUGUCCAGUGAUGCCAAACAGGUGCGUCACGCUAGCCAGAGGUCAAAGGUGAGAGGGUAUAACACAGAGUACGAGAGAACCUCUGCUCACAACGCCACUGAUCCAGCCAUAUGUCACCUCUCACCAAUCACUGCUCUGACAGAACCUGAAGGCAUCUCCAUGUCGGACAUCAGUCUGCAGCCAACCAGCAAUCUGCCAGCUUCUCUGGACAAUGUUAUGAGGGAGUCAGGGCCAAGGACUGUGUGCAAGACCACAUCGUCUGUCAUCGUCACCUCCAUAUCCAGCCCGUCAAUAUUGCACAGUCCCCCAGGUUACCAUGGCAACUUCAAAUUGACCAAAAGUCACAGCCCAGUUGCCAAGGAGACCCUUGACAUAGCCAUGCUGGAGACAACAGCUUUACCAUGAACAGCGGGAGAGAAGUGAAAGCGUGUGAAAGUGUGCGUAUGUAUGCUUCAGUAUUUCUCCCCAAAUGGGAACUUUUCUUACUAGCAUGCUGUUUGCAGGUUAUGAUAACUGUGGACCAUAGCAUUGUUUUUAUGCAUGCAGUGUACAAGUAUGUGUGCGUGUGUGCCCAGUAAAUUUAUGCAUGUGUUUGCACUCAUUUGAAUUUUGUCAUUUCUGACAUAUCAUGGCGGCUGGAGAUUGUUUACCUCAACUGUAAGCAAACUAGCCUUAAGCACAAAAUGUGAAAGGUGGAGUCACACUUGGAUCACACCUGACCUUUCUGGACAUGCUUUCUGGUCAUACUAUGUGAGAUUUGCCAUAAAUGGAGAUGUUCUUUCUGAAUUAUUUCCAUUUCAAAGUGAAAUGUGAAUAUUCUUUAUCUUUACAUACAGAAGUUGAAUGGCUGCUGAUGUCAUCAGUUUAUUCUGGGGUGUUACAACUGAAAGUUUUAAAAAAUGUUGAGAUUUUAUUUUGUGCAUAGUGUUUAUAUUAAUGCUUAGCUACCGAAAAGUGUCAGAAUCCUACUUUUGAAUUAAGAACCUAUUAAUGCAAAUGAAAAGCAUGUUUUCAAACCAAUCUGCUUCUACAAUAAAAUAGAAUCAGAGCUCUUGUUUUUCUUUUAUAGUGUUUGCCGAAUAAAGAAUGUACUCUAAAUGAUGUAUCUAGUAUAAAUAAUGGACCAGACAUUUUGUAUAUUAAGACUGAAUAAAAUGACUGCUGAUUAUGUGGAAAAACUGACCGCACUACUGAUCUCACUCAGAAACAACACGUAUUUAAGCCAUGUUAAAAUUGUAGUGUUCAGCUCCUGCUCCAUCUGUACCCACACAGUGUUUGCUGAAAAGCUCUACGUGUUGAAACCUGCUGAAAUUUCAGAAUGACGGGAACAAAGUACGAAACUUUAAUAAAAAGUGUAAAAAAAAGAUAUACAAAGGUCCUCCACAGUUAGGAAUUCACCUAUGAAGAUUAAAGCAUUUUUUGUGACUAAUCAAAAUCGAAAACCUCGCCCACACCCACCAAUAUUCCACUUCAAGGUCAUCCCCCUUGAGCACCUAUGGAUGGCUUUGAGCAUUUCUGCUACUUUUAGAUUGCUCUAUGCAUUUUUUGUAUGCCCACACUAACUAGUUAACCACUUCUAUUAUUCAAAUUAAAUUUCACUUUGAACAACACAAGUUCAGAAAAAGCCAAAUCUGCUGAGUUAGGCCUCAGGUCGAGAAACUGGCUAACAACUGUUUGGCAAGUAUUUGCCAGGUUAGAGAAUACCUACCUACUUUGCAACCAGUUAAGUGAAACUGGUUGCAAAGAGAUAUAUGGUACUGCAAGAAAAUCUCCUAGGAACUGCUAGCAGAUUGCUGUGGUCACCCGUUUGCAUUACAAGGUUCACUGCCACAUGGUUGUUAGUUAGCAAGUGUUUGGAGGCAAAUCAGCACCUUCCAGUUAUCAAAGCAGCCCCAAGGAGGUUUUUCCUGCAACAGCCUCUUUACAAUUUAUUUUACCUAACAAUUGCUAGUAACCACAAAGUCAUUGGGGGUGUACAACCAACCAGAGACUGCCAGAGUGUUUCGGUGUGCUAUGUACAAGCACUGCAGCUAGAAAUGUCAAACUUUAGACAGCUCAGGAUCUUUCAGUAGAAAUCCUCAUUAACAUCCUAGGGUUCAAAUCUCCACAGCAUCUGGUUACGUUCUGUCUGGAGUUUGCAUGUUCUCCCUGCCACUGUGGGGGGUUUUAAAGACAUGCUUUUAAGGAUGGAUUCAGUGCUGAAGGACACUGAAUAAAGUGUUUUAUAAAUAAGUGUGAAAAGUUGAAUGUAGCUUGUAGUGUAAAGAGCUUUGAGUGGUUAGUAAAACUUAAAAAGCACUAUAUAAAUGCCAACCUUCUCCACAUGAUAGCUAGUUUAGUUUUGCACAGAAUUUGACGUCUGUUGAUCCAGGCUGUCAAAAUUUGAUUUCUGGGGACAGAAUGUAGCAGGAGUGCAGGAAUCCAUCUGAUUGCACACAAGGACAUGGCCUUGGAAGGAUUAAAUUAGAAACCAAUUAAUUAAAAAACAAAUUAAAAUGCACCUGCUGGAUUUGUACCACUGAUUCCAUCUUUAUCUGCCUUAACAUUAAAAAACAACUAACAAAACUUUAAUUUGACAUGUUUCUGGACUUGGCAAUCAGACACACAUAUGAACACAUGUAACAGGACAGAAGAGAAGAGUCCCUUUGUCAUUGAUUUUUCCAUUCAUGGUGACAUCAAGCAAUACAGAUCAUACUCAGCAGGACACAAAUGGGUUACAACACAACAGAAGGUCACCCAACAACACAGUAUGAGCAUGUUUGUAUGUGUACUGGAUGUCCUAGGGUAUUUUGCAUCCCUCCAGAUGCCAUAAUUUAACAUCUAGAUGUACAGGUGACAGUUUAUUAAAUGAUUUUUUUCCCCCUAAACAUGUUUAGUUCUGUUAUCUCAUAAUCAGCUUGAACAAAUACAACACUGUUUGUCCACCUCCGUACGUGUGCAGGUCCUUCAAGAGUCCUCAGAUUGCUGCAUCAUUGACUAUGAUUGUAAAAACCUUUUUCUUCAUGCCUCAGCAUAAAAUCUAACUCUUGAUGUCAUUUCUGUCAAAUAAUGUAUUGCGGAUUCAAAUCUUAGCUAAAAAUACAACACUUUUUAAAAUCUGUUUUCAUUAUUGCUCAUUUGUCUUGUAGUAUAUUUUAAUGAAUGUAUAAAAAAAUGCAUAUUUGAAAUAUUAUGACAUGACAAAUGUAAAUAUUAUAAAUAUGUUGACUUUAAAAUCUGCUUUGAUGAAGUGAAGGUAAUUUUGUUUUCUUUGUACAAAAUGUUUUGUGUUGUUUUUAUUUAUUUUUCUAAAUAAAAUAUAUCGCUAAA